ACAGUGGAGUCAUGAGGGCAGUUGUGUUAGCGCAGGAACAGAAUAUUCACGGGUAAGAGGGCAUCUUAGGUCACUAUGCUUUUAGGAAGUGUAACACAAAAUGUGUUCCCAUUGUCUGUGAUUGCUUUAGAUACAUUUCUUGUGUAUGUUUGCUCAAUUAAUAGUUUGUCUUGGGAAAUUUGCUGUUUUUGUAGUGCCUAUGACAUGCUGCUUGGUGAUUUGUAUUACCUCUACAAAGGAGAUUAUGUUUUGAAUGAAGUCUUGAAUGAGUUCUGUUGAGACCUAGUAGGGGUGUAGAGUGGGCUCAUGUUAGCAAUCUAUUCAAAUUUGGCAUACUUCCCCUUCAAAGUCCACUCAAUAACUUAUUGGUUGAAAAUUGAUUUAAAAAAACAAAACCUUUUGACUUAGCAACUAUGAUUCUUAAAAGUGUGUUGUGUAUUGCCAACUUAAAGAAAGUACCAUGUAAAGAUUUAAAAUAUCAUGUUACAUUUGACCUCUGACCUUUUCUUCAAGCCCAGUAGAUUGAGCUGAAGGUCAAAGUGAUAAUAAUGUCAUGUAGAGCUUAAAUACAUAUUCAUUUGUAAUUUUCUGUACUUUACACACAUUUAAAAAGAACAAAUAAAACAAAAUGAAUAAGUGAAUAAGAUACAAUACUAAUCCCUUAAAAAGUAAACACUACUUCAGUCACUUCUUCUGUGUUUUAAAUCAAAGUGUUCAAAUGUUUUCUGACCAAAUGUCACACUGAGACAGUGACAGAUGAGCUGUUACAUAUUCAUAGUUUGCCAUUUCAGUUACUCUAAUUUCUCUGACACACCUGCAGAGGUCAUACAAACAGUUUGCAUCCAAGCCUGAUGUCAACCAAAGUGUACAGGGACGUCUAUGUGGUGUGUGUGUUGCGGGUAGUGAGUAACUUAUGACUGAAAUACCCAAAGUGCUUUUAUGUGAACCCAAGUUAUUUACUUUUGGCAGAGCAAAUAUGGGAUUUAAGUUCGGAGCACCUUGCAAAUGCUCAAAGUGUCGAUAAACUUAAAGGAUGUUUGGUAUCAGCUGACUCAGUUUGUAGUGAAAGGAAGACGUUCAAGAUAGCAUCAGAUACAAUCCAGAGUACAUGUUAACAACUUCCUUUAUUGCUGAUAAUAAUUUUAUAGUUGCUAGGGCAACCGUUACCACUGGUCUUGUUCAGAGGUAUCUUUAUUAUUUAGUAGUACAGUAAUAGUGUGCUUGUGAGGUUACCAUGAAAAAGAAAGCUGUGAACUCUUUGUAGUAACACAGUUUCAAAAUCAUAAAUAGGGUUAGAAGUUGAGACUGAAAGACUUGAAACCAAAUGUAAACCAUUACAAAACAGCAUCACUGAUAGAAAAGGAGGCUGUGAUGGCUUAUGGCGAAAAAAAGAGGAAAGAUGUUGAUGUUGGAUCGAUGUUGGGUAAAACAUCAGGGGUUUUGACCUCUAGGGAAAUUCACAGGAAAAAGUUUAAUAUGAAAAUGAAGAUUAUGUGCUGUGCCCUAAAGGUUUGUUGUGGAUAGCUAAGGUGAAGCUCCAGAGCAGGGGUCUCGAACUCCAGGCCUCAAGGGCCCGGUGUCCUGCAGGUUUUAGAUGUGUCCUUGAUCCUACACAGCUGAUUUAAAUGGUGAAAUUACCUCCCCAACAUGUCUUGAUGUUCUUCAGAGACCUGUUAAUGAACUAAUCAUUUGAUUCAGGUGUGUUAAUGCAGGGUGAGAUCUAAAACCUGCAGGACACCGGCCUCCGAGGCCUGGAGUUCAUGACCACUGCUCUAAAGCAUCUUUCAAACUCGCCAGUGUUGGCUCCGGCAUUGCAUUAAAAUCCACUCAAAGAUACUGGUGAUGUCAUCAUUGUUUUUAAAAUAGAGUUUCCCUUUGACAGCACGACUCUGGUUACUGUAUGUGUUGUGUUAUUCCUUCAUACAUGUCUCACAGGUUCGACUCUGCUCUGACUGCAGCACUGCAAACAGCAUGAAAAGCAGGAAGGCUGCUGGAGGUGGUGUGCCAAAAAGUGACUUAGUUUUAUAUAUCCUUUAUUUAUCCAGCUAAAAAGUCUCAUUGGCAAUAAUUAAUUCAUUUAUUUAGUUCUUCAUUUUAUAUAUAACCUCUUCAUUCAUCCUGUUGACUACAGUAUUUUUACCAUUAUUAGCAAAGUUAUUCCACAUAAAAAACACACAGAAACAUCACUUUUUAGCUAAAAAAAAAACCCAACCUCCUGGUACAUGUGGGGCUUCUGGACUCUGAGUAUAAACCAACAGCAUUUUUAAGUGCGCACAGUUUGUUCUGCGCUUUGAGAAGAUCGCGUGGGGGUGGUGCUUCAUCCUCGUGUAAUUUAUGUUAAUUAUCUGCAGAAUUUCAAACCAGUUCAGUGAAGUAUAUGAAACAGCUUGCAUGGAUGAAGGAAUACACAUUGACUUCAAAGAGAAGAAUCCUCUCACAGUGCGUUAUGUCCAUAUAAUUAUAUUAUUAUAGCACAUAAGAGCUUGGACUGCCACUCACUAACUGUUACAUUAUUUAUGAGGUGAAAACGUGCAUUUCCCUGCUGAGAUGCAGCACAGCACUGUGCGCGGUGUUGCCUGCGUGCUAGAUCCAUUACGGUAUCCACGGCUCUUGCAGUGGAGCAGAGGAGCCUGAUGGAUGCAGAGAUAAAAAGCAGAACGAGGACAAGGGAAGCGUAGAUUGCUACAAAUGCAGACUUCAGCAGCAGCAGCAGCUUGUUUUUCACUACAGCAAAGACCAGUAUCCAGAUUUUUUUAAGGCUUUUUUUGCAUCUCUUACCUUCAGCCUGGCUGAAGUUAUCUUUGAAUUCCUUCAGUACAGAUUUCAUGUGAAGGCAUAGUGUUUGUUUCAAGUCACAGGAGCUUUUUUUUUUAAAUCAUGUUGAGGAAGAGCUCAGAGCGGCUGAAGGGAGACAGAGAGGUCCUCCUGGAUCUGGAUACUAGGGCUGAAGCACAAAGCACAGAGAGCUAUGGGAGCCUGCAGAAUGGGAGCUUUAUCCCCCCACGAUAUCUUGCAGCUGCAGCUGCUGAUGGAGAUAUGGAUGGCGAUGAUCCCAUUUAUAUGCAGUCUCCUACAAGAAGUAAGCAACCAGUGCCACAGUUGGGGAAUUACUUCAGAGACGGGAGAACUAAGAUUGACUUCGUGCUGGUGUGGGAGAUUCGUUCACGGAGGAAGCGGCGAGGGAAAGGGACAAAUAUGGCUACCAGUGAGGAGAGGGAAGCCGUUCCCGCUGAGGAGAGCAGCAGGUCUGAACGAAGGAAAGCACAACUGGCUCAGUGGAGAGAGAAGUUUGUUCAGAACCUGGAGAGUGUUGGCUUGGUCAUGGAAAAGGAGGAAACUGCAAAUGAAAAGAAGACCAUACACUUUCUCAAAAUUAGCGCCCCCUGGGAUGUGUUGGUGUGUUAUGCUGAGGAGCUUUGCCUUAGAGCUCCACUGCAAGCACAGCAGCAUCUAGACCUCAACACAUCUGCUCGGGUACUGAGUAAACUAUGCAUACCUAACGUAAUGACGGAGUCUGUGCCUAACAGGCCUCUGGACUAUUACACAUGUGCCUUUCGCAAGUCAAAGAUGAGCAGAUUCCUUGGCUGGGAAGAUCACGAUACAUAUUUCACAAAUACGCAGAGGCACCGUGUUGUCUAUGAGAUUCUUGCCAGGACAGCAUAUGGGAAAAGGAAGAAGGCUGAAGUCGGAGUGGACAGACUGUUAAAUGAAGGGGCGUACACAGCAGCUUUCCCGCUGCAUGAGGGGCCCUUUCAGCUUCCAAAGCACGAGGUCCGACCUGACGAGCUGAACCAGAGGCAGGUUCUCUACUACUACUGGGCCCGCUGGUGCAAAUGGUACAAGUAUCAACCACUGGACCAUAUCAGGGAGUACUUUGGAGAGAAGAUUGCACUCUACUUUGCCUGGCUGGGUUUCUACACAGCCUGGCUGCUGCCGGCAGCAGUGGUCGGGACUCUGGUCUUUGUGUCUGGAGUGAUGUCCAUGGGUACCAACACACCAGCGGAGGAAAUCUGUAACAGUGGAGCUAGCUAUACCAUGUGUCCACUCUGCAAAACAUGUAAGGCCUGGAACAUGUCUGAGAUCUGCACCUUGACGAAGCUGGGAUACUUAUUUGACCAUCCAGGUACAGUGUUUUUCAGUGUGUUCAUGUCAUUCUGGGCUGUAACCUUUCUGGAGUACUGGAAGAGAAAAAUGGCCACUCUGGCACAUCACUGGGACUGUAUGGACUUCCAUGAAGAGGAGGAGCGUCCUCGGCCGGAGUUUGCAGCCAUGGCCCCUACUAUGGAGCAAAAUCCAGUGACUGGGGUCAAAGAGCCAUACUUUCCUGAAAAAACCAGGCUGUCUCGCAUGUUCACUGGCUCCAUGGUUAUCAUAAUGAUGCUGUGUGUGGUGAUGAUCUUCCUGGUGACGGUGGUCGUGUGCCGUGGUAUCAUCAGUGUGGUGAUAUUUCAUUCUGGGAGCCCUGUGCUGCGGACAGAGGCAGGGACCAUAGCCAACAUCUCCAGCAGUAUUGUAAACCUGGGGCUCAUACUGCUGAUGGGCCAGGUCUACACCGCAUUAGCUGAGCAGCUCACUAAAUGGGAGAUGCACAGAACACAAACCCAGUAUGACAACGCUUUCAUCUUCAAGGUGUUCAUCUUCCAGUUUGUCAACUUCUACUCGUCUCCCUUUUAUGUGGCUUUCUUUAAAGGAAGGUUUGUGGGUUACCCUACCAACUACGGGACCUUGUUCGGGAUGAGAAAUGAAGACUGUGGUGCCGGGGGUUGCCUCAUUGAAUUGGCUCAACAACUUUUCAUCAUAAUGGUGGGAAAACAGCUCAUCAACAACGUUCAGGAGUUCAUCCUACCUAAAGUGAAGGCCUGGCGCCAGAAGAGAACUCUGGCAAAAGUGCUGGGUGGCAAGGCAUCCCAUGAGCCUCGGCGCUGGGAAGAGGAUUACCAGCUGGUUGAGUGUGAGGGCCUGUUCGAAGAGUACCUGGAGAUGGUGCUCCAGUUUGGGUUCAUUACUAUCUUUGUGGCGGCGUUCCCCCUCGCUCCGCUCUUCGCCCUCCUUAACAACUGGGUGGAGAUUCGUUUGGAUGCACACAAGUUUGUGUGCGAGUACCGCCGGCCGGUGGCUGAACGUGCACAAAACAUCGGAGUGUGGUUUAACAUACUGGAAGCUUUGUCACACCUGUCUGUCAUUGCCAAUGCUUUCCUAAUAGCGUUCACUUCAGAUUUUUUACCUCGCCUGCUGUAUCAGUACAAAUUUGACAAUGAUCUCAACGGAUACGUCAACUUCACCCUGGCUUACGCCCCACUCAACUACACAGAGUACCCUAUGUGCAGAUACAAAGCAUUCAGAGACAACAAUGGAAACUACACACUGUUUUACUGGGAGCUCCUGGCAGUCAGACUUGGCUUUAUUAUUGCAUUUGAGCACGUGGUGUUCUUCGUGCUGCGAGCCAUUGACUGGAUUGUACCCGAUGUUCCCGAGUCCCUGGAGCUGAAGAUGAAGAGGGAGCGCUACCUGGCUAAGCAAGCUCUGGCUGAAAACCAGGAGGCCCUGUUGGUGAGUCGAGCCCGAGCGGCCGCCGCUGCCACUCCAGGCACCUCCAGCCCAGGAAGUGACACGUCCCUUGGAAACAUGAGUUAGGAUUCCUCUGUGGAAAAGAAGCAGUGGGACUGAACGCUGGUGGAAUAUGAGACUUUCCUUUGUAUCUCGGAUAAGUGAAAUUUUCCCAAGAAAGUGGAAUACUGUCUUGGGAUUGGUUUUCAUAUCACUAAUACAUAUUCAUCUGCACAGAUACAUUGUAAGCAGGUGUGCUUCGGCUUGCCCACCUUCUUCAUAUGGACAUUUCUCCAACAUAUUCGGGAUUUUUUUCAAUCUCGUGGUUAUUGCAACAUUAUCAGAGUCUGAUGUUACUGGAGCAAAGGGCAUGAAUUUAUAAAGCAUAAAUCUAUGUAUUGCUAAAUAAUUAAGCAACGUAUGUGGGGAAAAUUAGUAUGUUGAUUGGCUUCCACUAGCUGCAGCAUGCACUGUUAAUGCUACCUGACGCCACGCAGGUGUGGGACUUACUUGCAGUACUGUGUGUGUAUCCCAUGCAGCCUCAGAUUGACUUCAAAGUCUGACAACAUGAACUAUUUAAAUGAUGCCAAAUGUUGUAUUGACAGAGCAUAGUUUGAAAUUGCAUAAAUUCCAAUUUGCAGUGUUUUUCUUGGAGUUACUGUUGGGAUACCCAGAGGACCUGAAAUGUAAUGAAGUUGGAUUACACCUUGACUCUGCAAAAGCUCAUCCUGAAUAUUUUGGGGGGGGCUUUAUAAAACUCCUCUGAAGGGACAGAAGGCUUCAAACAAAGGAGUGCACAGGAUCAGUAGUGCCACUCAUGGAAAGAAAACAGACUUUUAUGUGUGAGCUCGGCAGACUGCCUCUUUAAUGUGUAUUGUUAUUAUCUUUAUGACGAAUGCUGACUUGAGGUCAAAGUUCACCUUUCUUGGACAAACUGUUACAACAAGAUCAACAGAGUCAGCAGUGCUUUGGGGGUUUUUUGCCCCUCAUUUUCACAAAGCUGGCAUUGUUCACUGACUGUAUUAUCAUCACAUAGUUUAUGCUGCGUUUUCACUCAGCACCAAGCAUGAAAGUCUUUUCUACGUGAAUGUCCUGCACAGUACGGCUGUACAGUACUGUAAACAGGAGUGAAACAGCACCUGAGCAGAGGCCAUAUUUUACAUAUGAGCUUUUUUGUCAUUUUUGAUCAAAUAAAUCUAGUUUGACGAACGCAAACACCUCCUCGAUGUGGGAUUCACAGCCUCAGAGAUGCUGUACUUGCUGGAACUUUAAUCCUUCCACACCAUCUGUCUUCUCCACUUUCUUCUUCUCUUCAUUUUGCCCUCCUUCUUAAAACAUCACCUUCCCCCCAAAAAGAUGAAAAGUCUCUGAUUUAUUGGGAGUCAGAAACAGACAAGUGUUUCAUUAAUGAUUUCCCUCUUCCUCUCCCUCCUCCCCACACAAAAACUCCACCAAUGGCCGUGGCCUUGGGCAACUCCUGACUUUUACUUCAUCUCAUCUCCUCUUCCACCUCAGUCUCUUUUUUUUCAUGUUAUUUCAUUCCUGAAGUCACUUUUUUUUGUAAUGAAUACUAUCUUCUUCCUCCUCUUCUCUCUCUUGGCCACAUUCAUCCUUUAGAUUGUUGUGAUUGCUCUGCGUUCCUCUGCCAUGGCCUGCAGGAAGAGUGAGUUAGUACAUGUCAGCGAGCACAGGUAUGCGCUGCGGACAUCGGCUGGCUCAUUUACCGGCUGCUGGAGUGAAGUGAGGGAAUGUUUGCAUGCAAGCAAGACAUGGCAACGAGGCCUCAGCUGAAUAAUUUUUUUAAAAGCCCUCGAAACUUGCCUGAUAGUCAAUGCAUUAGCAUUUCAGUUGCAAAUGCACAUACUGAGAAAUACAGCU